ACGACGGCAACGCGAGACACGUCUACGCGCGUCGUACCGCAACAACAAUAAUAAUAAUAAUAAUAAUACGGUCGUUGUCGCGGCGGCGGCGGCGUGCAGGACGACUACGCUUGGACCGCGUAUUUCGUCGGUACGCGUUUAUUGUGGUCACGUCGCACGUCGUGUCGUACACCCCGGUGCCGGCGACGAUCAGAAUCUCGGAUCAGUCGGCAGUCGUGUCGCAGCGUCGUACGAGUACGCACGCACGCGGUCGCGGGUCAUACGAGUCGUCGCAGUGUUCGCCGUGUACGGUCGCGACGGUAAUAACAAUAUAAUAUUAUAUUAUAAUAAUAUUACGGACGUCGAUUGCCGCCGCCAUUGGAAUCGAUUCCAUCGGUUUUCACGGCUCUUUUCCCAGUCGCAGAUCGCGGGGACUUUGCCGGUGACGACGAUGCCGGCGUGAGCCGUCCAAAAUCCCGCCGAGUGGAGCGCUCGACCGCCGUUCUGCGUGCACGUGUGUGUGUGUGUGUGUGUACCUACCGUAGCACUCGUCGCAGUCUUCCGCCGCAGCUGUUUGUUGACGGUGCUGUUGUCGUUGUUGUCGUCGUCCGAGAUAUUUAGACAACAUCCGCUAUGUCAGAAUACAGCGGUGAAGCUAAGUACCGACCAAAACGGUAUCAGUCUAUUGGCAAGUUGUUCAAAAAACGUGUUCCUAUCAUUUCUUGGCUACCCAAGUACGAUACAGAUCAAGCUGUUAGUGACUUGAUUGCUGGGAUCACUGUUGGACUAACAGUCAUGCCUCAAGGGCUGGCUUAUGCUACACUCGCUGGUCUAGAACCACAGUAUGGCUUGUAUUCUGCGUUUGCUGGAUGCAUUGUUUAUACAAUGUUCGGUAGUUGUAAGGAUAUUACCAUUGGACCUACAGCAUUAAUGUCCCUUAUGACAUACCAACAAGUAGUCAAUAGAAACGCUGACUAUGCAGUAUUAUUAUGUUUUUUGUCUGGUAUUUUACAGUUCAUUAUGGGAUCACUUAAACUAGGCGUAUUAAUUGACUUCAUUUCCAUCCCGGUGACCGUUGGUUUUACAUCAGCUACCUCUGUUAUCAUAGCAGUAUCUCAAUUGAAGGGUCUUCUUGGCCUAAAGUUCGAAUCAUCAAGCUUUUUAGAUUGCUUGCUGAAAGUGUACCAGAAUAUUGGUAAUUAUCGCGCCAAUGAUACAAUUCUUGGAGUUACUUCUAUCAUCAUACUACUCAUGCUUCGAAAAGUAAAAGAUAUUAAAUUAUUUGAACCUAAUGGUAAGCCAUCUAAUAAACAAAGGACAAUUAUGAAAGGGCUGUGGUUACUCUCCAUAUCCAGAAAUGCUUUAAUUGUAGUUGCUUGCUCAAUCGUUUCAUACUGGUUUUAUAGGCCAAAUUCAGAACCUUUUGUGACUUUAAUCGGAAAAGUAAGAUCUGGUUUGCCGCCGUUAAAAUUUCCACCGUUUGGAACGGAAGUAAAUGGUACAGCGGUUAGCUUCAUUAAUAUGUGUUGGGAUCUUGGGUCUUCCAUUAUAUUAGUGCCGGUAAUUGCUGUUCUCGGAAAUGUCGCUAUCGCUAAAGCAUUUGCUAGCGGAAAUUCAGUGGACGCUACACAAGAACUCUAUUGUUUGGGCGUUUGCAAUCUAUUGGGUUCGUUCGUUUCUUCGAUGCCCGUUACCGGAUCAUUCUCAAGAAGUGCAGUGAAUCACGCUAGUGGCGUACGGACUCCUAUGGGCGGAAUGUAUACGGGUAUACUUAUUAUUUUGUCAUUGAGUUUAUUGACGCCGUACUUUUACUUCAUACCCAAAGCAGCUCUAGCAGCAGUCAUCAUUAGUGCUGUUAUUUUCAUGAUCGAAUACGAGAUCGUUAAACCUAUGUGGAAAUCAAGUCGAAAAGACUUAAUACCUACUUUUGCAACAUUUAUUUUAUGCCUGGGUAUUGGUGUAGAACUUGGAAUUUUAGUAGGUGUCGCAAUAAAUAUCAUGCUUUUACUUAUACCAUCGGCUAGACCGUUUUUGCACAUUGAAAUGAAAAAGUUAAGAACCGGCCUGGAUUAUUUAUUAGUGACCCCAGAAAACAGUCUUUACUUUCCAGCUGUAGAUUUUAUGCGAGCUAAAACAGAUAAAGCUGCUGUUAAAAUGGGGCAGUCUAAACUUCCUGUCGUGGUUGAUUGUAAACAUAUACUUGAUGCAGAUUUUACAGCUGCUAAAGGAAUUGCUGGAUUAAUAAUGGACUUCAAAAGACGAAAACAACCAUUAUGUUUCUAUAAUCCUAGAAUAAGUGUUUUGGCUGUUCUACAGGGUGUGUGCGUUGAUGAAAUUGUUCACUGUUUCACAUAUGACGAACUGGAACAAACCCUUAAUGAUAUCAACUCUUCUGGAAAUCCAGCGGAAUUAAAAGACAUAGUACACACAACAUCUCAGCAGUCACAUGAAACUCCACUUUUAAGUAGAAGACAACAUUAAACACACAAAUUAUUCUUAGUAAUUUUUUCCUACAUGAUAAAUAAAUCUACUAUAAUUUAAUUUAUACAUAAUUAUUAUGUAAUAUUAUGAGUAAAUUUUGUUCAUAU